GGGCUGGUUGCUCUCUGAAGGCUAGGAUUCUGCUAAAGCCACACGCACACUCGGUCCAAGGCAGACGGCGACGGCGACGGCGACGGAGCACGUCACCCGCACCGACCGGCGGCGAAGCCCCGCCCCUCCGCCCCCCGAUCGAUCGAUUCGCGCCGCAGUUCGUCCACCUACCCCGGCCGCGUAGGGUUCGCGUAGGGGAUCGAUCAUGGAGCUGCCGGCCGCCGGCGGGGGCCGGCGCACGAGCUACUCGCUGCUGUCCCAGUUCCCCGACGACGCGGCGGCCGCGGGGGCCUCCCCGGCGGUUCUGCAGCGGCAGUCCAGCGGCGGCAGCAGCUACGGCGCCGGGAGCUCCGUCUCGGCCUCCAGCGACUACCCGUUCCACCUGCCCCCGGCGGUCGCCGCGGCGGGAGGGGGAGGGGGCACGCCCUCCCCCUGCAAGAGCUGGGCGCAGCAGGCGGAGGAGACGUACCAGCUGCAGCUCGCCCUCGCGCUCCGCCUCUGCGCCGACGCCGCCUGCGCCGCCGACCCCGGGUUCCUCGACCCCGGCGACUCCGGGGGGUCCAAGAUGGGGGGCGGCGGGGGUGGCAGCGGCAGCGGCAGGGCCUUCCCGCUCGCUCCCCCCUCCCCCACCGCCGAGGCCCUCUCCCACCGCUUCUGGGUAAACGGCUCGUUAUCAUACAGCAACACGAUACCGGAUGGGUUCUACUUGAUCCAAGGGAUGGACCCCUUUGUGUGGUCGAUGUGCACCGACGUGCACGAGGAGAACCGCAUACCCUCCGUGGAGUCGCUCAAGUCUGUCCGCCCCGACGAUUCUUCCAUCCAGGUGGUCCUCGUCGACAGGAGAGCUGAUUUCGAUCUUGGUAUGCUGGAGAACUACGCGUCCAGCUUUCUGUCCAGUUCCUCCGACAUGAAAGAUGUGAUAAAUCAGCUAGCCAAACUUGUGUCUUCCAGAAUGGGUGGUACAACCUCCAACGAGGAGAACUUGCUUCCACGCUGGAAAGAGAGCAGCGAGGCAAUCAAAUCAAGUGCAGGAUCUAUUGUGCUUCAUCUGGGGAAGCUGCCGAUUGGUCUCUGCAAGCACCGCUCACUGCUUUUUAAAAUGUUAGCAGAUAAAGUCAACAUACCAUGCAGAUUAGUCAAGGGCUGUAAAUACUGUAAAGCUGAAGACGCUUCCUCCUGUGUCGUACGUUUUGGGCUUGAAAGGGAAUAUCUGGUUGACUUAUUUGGGGCUCCAGGCCAAUUAUCUGAUCCUGAUUCUUUCGUCAAUGGUCCCUACUCGCUGUCGGUUCCAUCACCUCUCCGCCCACCAAAAUUUAGGUCGUUAGAGAUCACUUCAAAUUUCAGCUCAGUUGCCAAGCAAUACUUCUCAGACUGUCACUCGCUCAAUCUAUUGUUCAGUGAUGCUUCCACAGGUGCUUCUAAUGGUGCUGCAGUUGCUGUAGACCAAAUGUAUUCGAAGAAACAUGAUGCAGGGGACGGAAUUGCCAAUAGCUGGGUGCCAGUGAAAGGGCAAGCAAUUGCGAACUCAGACAUUAUUCUGCCAGAAGCUCCUCGGGAAGUUUUGCCACUUAUGUCACCGUCCAAUUUGACAGCUGAUAAAAAGAAAGAGUUUCAGUUGAUCGAGGGGAAUCAGUAUCUGCGAAGUACUGUCAGUGAUCUGUCACUUGCUGUGGAUGAUCUGAUCAUUCCAUGGAGUGAGCUGGUUCUAAAGGAGAAGAUUGGAGCAGGUUCUUUCGGAACAGUUCAUCGUGCUGACUGGCAUGGAUCGGAUGUUGCUGUGAAGAUACUGAUGGAGCAGGAUUAUCAUCUGGAUCGCUUCAAGGAAUUUAUGAGAGAGGUUGCAAUAAUGAAAAGUCUGAGGCAUCCAAAUAUUGUUCUAUUCAUGGGUGCUGUUACUGAACCCCCAAACCUAUCAAUAGUUACAGAGUACUUGUCGAGGGGUAGUUUGUAUAAACUUUUGCAUAGGAGUGGUGCAAGGGAGGUUCUGGAUGAGAGACGCCGCUUGAACAUGGCAUUCGAUGUGGCGAAGGGAAUGAAUUAUCUACAUAGACGUAGCCCUCCUAUUGUUCACCGUGAUUUGAAAUCUCCAAAUCUUCUUGUCGACAAGAAGUAUACUGUGAAGGUAUGCGACUUUGGGCUUUCGCGACUAAAAGCCAACACCUACCUGUCCUCGAAAUCUUUGGCAGGAACACCUGAAUGGAUGGCGCCUGAAGUGCUUCGAGAUGAGCCAUCCAAUGAGAAGUCUGAUGUGUACAGUUUCGCUGUUAUCCUGUGGGAACUUAUGACAUUACAACAACCAUGGUGUAACUUGAAUCCUGCCCAGGUAGUUGCUGCUGUUGGCUUUAAAGGAAGAAGACUUGAAAUUCCGAAAGAAUUAAAUCCUCAAGUAGCUGCAUUAAUCGAAUCCUGCUGGGCAAAUGAGCCAUGGCGGAGGCCCUCAUUUGCUAAUAUCAUGGAAACUCUGAGGCCUUUAAUUAACAAGGUCCCGGUGCCGCAGUUGAUCCGCUCAGACUCAUAGCAGUUUCAAACUGUCAAGGAAAGAAGCAUUUCCUUAGUGCUGUCAUGAUAGUAUCGGCAGGGCAGGGAAGAGUUUAUUUAUUUUUGGUAUUUAGGCUGUUUAUGAUGGAUAAUUCAUCAAUACUAUUACUCAAUGCUAAGAAUAAGGAGGACUUCUUGAUUUACACUUUCAAGUAAAAUGUACCUGGCAAAACUCCCUUCCAUGGCUUAAGACACAUCGUGAAGAGAAUCAUCCUCCUCCCGUGACGACGGAUCGCGAUCACACACUGGAAAUGUACGAGCGCCGAGAUCCAAAUAUCAGAAACUUUUGGUCAUUAAGAUGUGUAAAUUAUAGUUUCCCACUAGAUAUCUUUGUAUAUUAUGUUAUAAUAUGUUGUAUGUAACUAACUGUAAUUACUACUGUGCAUGUAUGUGUUGUAUUAUCCUGUGGUUGUUGUGUGGCAUGUUGUAAUAGUGCUUCAACUGCCCAUUGUACUGCACCACCAUAGCUGUUACUGAGCAAUCAGUGCCUACUGGCCAACCUGGAGACCCAGUCAAUUAGUACUAGCACCAAA